GAUGGCCUGCUUUCUUCAUCGGUGUGACUUUAAAUGUAAGGCACAUGCAGGCCAGAAGCACCUGAUUGCUGGCUCUCCGUUGGUCUUUUUCACAUCGACUUCAGAUGUCUGCUCAUGAAGAUGUUGGCCUGCUUGUCAUCUUUGUCUCUGGCAUAUCCUCUUGUCUCAGGCAGAUGGUCUAAAGGAAAGGACACUGGUCGAAGGAUCCAUCCAGAGUGAAUAUGGAGGCGAGGAAGCUGUUUUAUAUUUAUAUGCUUGUGUACAUCUCACUUCUUACUUUAUGCAAUUCAGAAUCCUCAGAAAAUAUAACUUCUGAACUUUCUAUGGAAUCUACUUGGACAACUGCAGCUACGAUGGUGAAUCGGCAAUCCAAGACGGAGGCUACUUUAAACACUGAAGAACAGUUCAGCGUGACAUCGCCGGAGUCUGAUGCCCUGCAGAGAGGUGGCACUUCACCCACUACAGAUGCCGAUGUGCCUGUAAUAUUUCAUUUACAAGAAGAAAGUAACAAGAUGAAUGAGGAAAUCAGUGAAGAAUCCAACAGCUUUAAUGAAAUUAUAACAGCAGAAGAGUCUCCUUUGGAUGGAUACCAAGAAACUUCUGAACCUCCUCCAGUGAACUUUGUGAACAGAAUGGCGGCAGCAGGCUUGGAUGCUUCAAAUUCAACCAGCGAUCUAAAGACCGUCACAGCUUCACAAAGUCCAUUGAAUACCACAGAGAAGUUUGCCUACGGAAUGGAUACGUGGAAGGCUGGACUCAUUUCUAUAGCGGUGCUGUUAGCGGUUGGCACUUUUGCUAUGACUGCCUACUGUUUGAAGAGCAAGAGAAAAAAGAGCAAAAGAUUAAUAGCAGUUAAAGUCUGUGAAGACAGUGAGGCUGGUGAGACGAUGCAUGAAGAAUCCAGCGAAAACACAGUUACUGGCCGUGACUUGGCAGAUAAUCGGGCUACUGACGGUGAAAGUCCAGUGCAACAUCAAUCUAAUGGAAGUGAAGUGUCUGAACAGACUGCAGAGAGACACCUUGUCAGAGAUGGCGAUGUGAACAACCUCUCAAACGGCCUCAAAUCCAGUGGAGUUUAGAAAAGCAAAUGAGUUUUUAAUCGAGAUGCAUAUUUAGCAAGCACAAGAGAGAUAUCAUCCCUAAUGGAAUGUUUCAUACAAUUAUUCGUGCAUUGAUCUUGUCCAGCAGCUUUGAUUUUAGAAGAAUCACUAAAUGCACCCUAAACUGUAGCCAGUUUAAACAAAUGAGCACAAUACAACAUGUAAGCAUUUUAAAUCCAAAAAAGUCUUAGCCAAAUCUGCUUUUGUUUUAUUGUAAUUCAAAUCAAUUUUAUAGAUUUCUACCAGUACCAUUUUAUAACUGAUUAAAAGUUCAGUCAUUUGAUAUUUUCAUAUGAGUACGCAUAGGACGACCGUGACAGUAAAAUCAGAAAAGAAGCUGCAUUUGUUUUUUUUAAUCUCUGCUGCUGUUUUGCAUGACACUCCUCUAACCAUCUUCAAAUUUGAAGUCCAAUGAGCGAAUCAAAUGAGCUUUUAUAUGACCAUUCAUAAUGUCCACCUUACAUGUACGUGGAGUUGGUGCUUCAUGAAGUAUAAAUUAAGUUAAAUAUUAUAUAGGUGAUGGUGAAGCUUCAGGAAUAGCACCUUGUGGUGCAAAGUUGUCUAACAUCAAAGGUUUGAAAUGGUGAAGUGCGCAUCAAAGCCUUUUUAAAUGUUUCUUGUGAUACUGAGUGAUUUUAUAUAUUUUUAUGUAAAAUGUUUAUUUAGCUUGUUAAAAAGUAAGCAUUUUAAUUGAGAAAUAGACACUAUAUAGCGAAAGGUGAGUAAGCACUCUCAAAAUUCAGUCAAGCUGGGGGCUGUCUGCGAAAUGCACAGAACAGAAGAGAGAAGGUGGAUACUCUCACCAUAUUAAAAAUAAAAUCAUCUCCUUGCUUUUAUAAUUUUGGUAUAAAGGCCACAACAUUUGAUCAAACUGAGAUUAUACCCUUAAAAGAAACUACAGCCCUGCAAGUGGUUGAAGAAACAUCUCCUGCUCCUCCAAUAGUGAAGCACCUUUUGCUGUGGUGAAGAAAGGAAAGUCACCAGAUUUCUGUUUUUCUGUGGCCCUUUUUCAAACAUACUGAGUGAGGAGUGUAAACCAUCAUCAAUAAAAUACCUUAAGGUCAUCUUUAGUAUUUUACAUUAGAACAUUAGAACACUCUAGACGAGAACAGGCCAUUCAGCCCAACAAAGCUCGCCAGUC